AUGGCUGCUAUCCUUGCAAAUCCCGAAGGGUCAAAGUACGAAUAUUACUUGAUGGUUGAGUUCCGACUGAUUCUCGGGAACCGAAUGCUGAUAUCUCCAAGUGUGACGAAUUUCAGCCCGCCUGCGGCACAUGCUCUUCUAGAGGCGAACCUUGCUCUUAUCCCAGCCCACGCAUUCCUUCGAAGAAAAUCUCUAAAGUCAAAAGGGGAGAGUCGAGCCACGACAAUAGAUGCCCAUUGCCAGACUCUUUUGGGUUCUCGGAUGGAGCUCCGCCGCUCAACGCGACAUUACCAGCUAUUUUCUGGAGCCAGGGGCAUCCACAUGAUCACACAGCAAGCUGAGGCUAACAGGUCUGGCGUACUUGACCCCUCAGAUACGGUGGACUUGACAAUCAUCAUGGAGCAUCAUCAAAGAGGGCUGGAAGGCUUCAGAAAAGAGGUGUCUUGCAUAACUUCCUCCAAUGUCGAACUUGCUUUUACGGGCUCUUUGCUUCUUGUCGGGUUUGCCUUUGCAUCCCUUAGAGUUCAGGAGCUCAAUCCGCCUGACAUGAUUCCCGAAGAAAUGAACAGAGCAACAAUUCAUUCCUCCCCAACAAAUGGCAUCUUACGUCUCAACUGGUUAUAUCUUAACCGAGGGGUAUCAACUGUGAUACAAGAUCAAUGGGAUGUGUUAAAAGCUAGUCGACUCCGGCAGAUGGUGAUAUACCCACACGGCGAUGGGUAUUUGAAGGAUUUACCGUUCGAUGCAUCAUCAUCUCGACUUUCUCGUUGCUCACCUCGCCUGUUCAAAUUUGCCGAAGGCGCCAGCGAAGCAGUCGCCAAUAUGAAAGCUUCUAUUUCGGGGCUUGAACCCGCUAAGGAUGACUUAUCAAGCCACUCGAGUGUGCGGACAUCCCAACCUUCGCCGUCUACAAGUCUAGGCUUAGUCGUGGACGAGUGCUCUGGCGCUAUAGAGAUCCUGGAGACGGUGUAUUCACGCAUUCUCUACGUAUUACAGUGCGCAGCUACUGAGACCUCUGUUGACAAGGAGAUCCAAUUGGAUUUUGAAGAGGCGGCGAUAUUGUCCUGGCCUAUCCUGCUUCCAAGUACGUUCUUGGCCUCGGUUCAGGGAACUGAACAUGAUUACUUUCACGGACACUCACUCGUCGUUCUUGCUCAUUUCUAUUUGGUCAAUACUCUAGUUGAUAGCUGGUUUUUGAGGGGCUCCUUCGAAAGAGAGAUACUCAAAAUCAACGAUCUUAUUGGUACCCAGACGGAGAGUCAACUGUCAAAGUUGAUGCUAUGGCCCAUUGAGGUCAUGAAUUUGCCAUCGACCUCCACUCCUUGA